CGCCCCCAAGACUCGAUAGUUAAUAAUCUUUUUCCGGCCCCAAAGUAUAUCACACAACAGCCCAGAUUUCUUCGCCGAUAAGAUCCGUUCCCCUUAUUAAUUAAGGAAAGUGCCACAACAUAACAAUAGAAUUCAAACUCACCAACAAAUCUGGAAGUUAUCUGCAGCAACCAUCAAGCCGAGUAUCAUGGUCUCUAGUUGCUGUAGUUUGUUUUAUUUUUUGUAAUUCAAAUCUGUAAACAAUAACUAUAAUAUCUUCCUAGCUGUACAAAUCUCUUAGAUUGUUUUUUUGAAAUACCUCUGUAUAAAUGUUUACAGAAACAAAUCAAUAAAGAGUGUGUUGAUAUUUUCCAUUGUGAGCAUCAAAACAAUUACUCUUCUACAUGGUAUCAGUCGACCCAAUCUCAAACGAGAAUUCGAUCCUAAUGUCUUCCCCAACUCAGCCUAUCUCCGAAAUUCCCCUUGUUGUUUUUAACAUCACAACUCAGAUUAAUGAGAAACUCACACCUUCCUCCUUUCUCCAAUGGCGAGCUUAGUUUGAGGCUCUCCUCAUCGGCCAUGAUCUUAUGGAUUACGUUACUGGUGCAUUUCGUUGCCCCUCCUCCGACGGUACCCCAUUGUCUAUAGCCACGAAACACCACUGGGUUAGGCAAGACAAAUUAAUUCUUAGUGCUAUUCUUGCCUCUACUUCCCCAACCAUUACCCCUCUUAUUGCCACAACAAAAACCUCCUACGAUGCUUGGAGAAAACUCUCCACCAUGUAUGCCAGUAAAUCACGUACCAGGGCCAUGCAACUCAAGGAGGUGCUCACCUUGAUCCAGCGUGGAAAUCGCUCAAUUCUGGAGUACCUUCAUGCCGUUAAAGGCCUGGCCAAUGAGAUCGCACUCAUUGAUCACCCCAUCUCCGACGAUGAUGUUACCCUCUACGUUCUCCACGGAUUAGGGCCUGAAUUCCGUGAAAUUGCUGCCCUAUUUGGGCAAGAGGAAAAUCUCUUGCCUUUGAGGAGCUUCAUGAUCUCCUCCUUACUUGUGCAGGAUGAAGACUUCAACCAAGCAGCUUGUGGCUACUGCAAAUUUCACAAGUCGUCGAUCUGGCUUUUCGGCCUCUCAGCAGCAGAAAGUUCCUUUCAAAGGAACUGGGUCUUCCCGAUCUCAAGGAACUUCAGGUGAUCAAGAAAAUAAAUGGUUAAUUGACUCUGCAGCCUCUCACAAUAUCACGGGAGAUAUCAAAAAUUUAUCAAUUCACUCUGAGUAUGAUGGCACUGACGAAGUCCUUCUUGGUGAUGUACAGGUUUGGUAGUCAUGCAUGUUGGAUCUUUAGCAUUAUCCACACCCAAAUUUUUUUUUCAUUUACAUGAUACUUUAUGCGUUCCAAAUAUUCACAAAAAUCUCAUUUCUGUUCAUCAUUUCACCAAGCAAAAUGAUUUUUUCCUUGAGUUUCACCCUUUCUAUUUCCUUGUGAAGGCACGAUCCACGGGGGCGAUACUACUAAGAGGUGCAUGUGAGAAUGGUGUCUACCUUUUUCCUGACUCAGUGGUGGCUUCUUCUCCUCCUAAAAUGGUUGCAUAUGUGCAUGAACGGACUUCAAUCGACGGGUGGCACAAUCGUCUUGGACACCCAUCGAUUAAAGUUGUUCAAAAUCUUGUUAAUCUUUUUCCCUUCCUCUCACCACAAAUAAAUUACCAUUGUCAUGUACUUCCUGUUCAAUCAAUAAAGUACAUCAACAACCAUUUGGCUCUACAAGUUUUCAAAGUCA